AUGGCUUUCAUGAGCUAUUUGUCCAUUAAGGAAAUCCCUCUCUCGGAAAUCCUGGAAGUGCGGUCGGCGGGUGAUUUCUCUCUCGUCCCUGCUGGCACCAGCCCGCAUUGCUUUGAGAUUAUGACGGGUACCAUGAUCUACUUUGUUGGCGAGGACCCCAACAUCACCUCGUCCUCAUCAUCCAGCAUAUCCGGCCUGCCCGUCUCUCCCAGCAGCGUUGUGCCUAAUAGCGGAGUGGGACGAGAAGUCGCAGGAUGGGAGACGGCUAUACGCCAGGCCCUCAUGCCAAUUAUUUUCCAAGAUAAUCCUCCAGCUGAAGGCCCACCACCUCACCGCCAGGCAUCAGUCAGCAUCUCAGUGUCUAACAGCCAGAUUCAAGAGAAUGUGGACAUUGGAACGUUCUACCAGAUCUUUGCUGAUGAGGUUCUGGGCUCUGGACAAUUCGGUGUGGUUUAUGGAGGAAAACACAGGAAAACUGGCCGGGAUGUAGCUGUGAAGGUGAUUGACAAGCUUCGCUUCCCCACCAAGCAGGAAAGUCAACUGAGGAAUGAAGUGGCCAUACUGCAGAGCCUACGACAUUUGGGCAUAGUUAAUCUGGAGUGCAUGUUUGAGACACCGGAGAAGGUGUUUGUGGUAAUGGAGAAACUUCAUGGUGAUAUGCUUGAGAUGAUUCUGUCCAGUGAGAAAGGAAGACUUCCCGAGAGGCUCACCAAGUUCCUUAUAACGCAGAUUUUGGCUGCUCUGAGGCACCUUCACUUCAAAAACAUAGUGCACUGCGACCUCAAACCUGAGAAUGUGCUGUUGGCAUCAGCGGAUCCUUUCCCACAGGUGAAACUUUGUGACUUUGGUUUUGCUCGCAUCAUUGGAGAAAAGUCUUUCCGCCGUUCUGUCGUUGGCACGCCGGCUUACUUGGCCCCCGAAGUUCUCCUGAACCAGGGUUACAAUCGCUCUCUGGACAUGUGGUCUGUCGGAGUGAUAAUGUAUGUCAGUCUGAGCGGGACGUUCCCCUUCAACGAGGAUGAGGACAUCAAUGAUCAGAUCCACAAUGCUGCUUUCAUGUACCCGCCGAACCCUUGGAAACAGAUCUCUCCUGACGCUACCGACCUCAUCAAUAACCUGCUCCAAGUGAAGAUGAGAAAGCGCUAUAGUGUGGAUAAGAGUCUCAGUCAUGCCUAUCUGCAGGAUUACCAGACCUGGCUGGACCUGCGAGAGCUGGAGUCAAAGCUCGGGGAGCGUUAUAUAACCCACGAGAGUGAUGACAGCCGCUGGCAGCAGUAUGCUCGAGACCACACGCUGCCGUACCCCCCUCACCUGGUGCCCCCGCCACCUGCAUCCGACGACGAGGAUGGCAAUGAGGACGCCGACAUGCAGGGCCUGACAGAGCGGGUUAGCAUCCUAUGAAGAAGAAAGAAACCAGAGGAAUGAAGAGUUACCUGCCAGAACUUUAGAAAUUUCUAAGUGUAGGAAGUGUAUUCAUGAGGCCCUCUGUGAAAACAAAACAAAACAUGGUUUCGGUUGUGUUUUUGGUGGCUGACAGCAGGCCCUCUGAACUCUGACUUUCUUCAGCUAGAGGAAUGUGUUUCUGAGACGCACAUAUUAAAGUUGAACGCCUUUGGAUCCCAACAUUGACCUUCACAUUGUUGAUGGCUAAUUGUAAGUGAAUGACAAAAUGAAACUGUACGAAAUGCACAAGUUUUAAAGAAAACCCUAAUUUAAUUAGUUUGGAUUUGGGUUCACCAAUUUUAAGUCUUUUUAAGGUGCUUUCGCAUUUACCAGUGUUUAUCAGUUGUUGUUUUUUUUCGGGAGAGGAUGAUAUCCAGUCAUUUCAGAAGGAAUCUGUGCCAGGCGAAAGAUUCAUCUUGCAAUUUAAGGGGCCUUUUACACAACAAUGUCAAACCAGCCAAAACAGGAAACAUUUGAUAUGAUUUGCCUGUUUGUUUACAGGACAAGGUGAUUUAUUUUUUUUUUAUUUUAUUUAUUUUUUUUUUUUCCAGAACUGAAAAUGCAUGAAGUGGAAAGUUUUUGCAAAUGACAGUCAAGUCAUGUACGUGUAAACACCUGAGAACAAAAAGUCCUUGAAAGCGCCUUUACAUGCGUACAUAGUACUGUAGUUGUUUAGGCAGGCCCGUAGCCAGGAGGGGUUUGGGUGGUUCGAAAGACCCACCCCUCACAGACAAAGUUCCAGAAUUUGCCCCAUACAUGAGUUCAUUUGUCCUAUUUUGACUGCUAUGCCAUCAUAAAUAGUGGAAAUAACCCAUCUAAAGGUUUUAAGACCAAGUGGAAUCUUCUGUUGGCUGUCGCUUCAGUGUGACUUCAGCUAAUCAGUUUUGGCCAGUGCACUCAAUUAUCUUUCAUAAAUCCAGCUGUGCAAAAAAAAAAACAUAUGAUCUGAUGUAAGUGAAGUUAUUUUUCGCUACUGUAUUGUUUUUAAAUAGAGAAAAUAUUUUACAAGUAACUUUUAUUCUAAAUCUUGGCCCUUAUUCUUGAAACAAAAAAAGACCCAUGAAAAGGUGUGAAGCACCAAAAGCAGCCAUUUGGCUAUUGUGGUUAACCAUGAAUUUCCAAAUGUGCUUUUUUUUUUUUGCUUAUGAUGACCAUCCGACAAUCUAUUUCUGCUAAAAUAUUAUAUAAAACCUUACUAAAAUGCAGUAUUUAAAUCUUAUAAUUAAAUAGUAGCCUAAAUGAGACCUAUUAACGCAAAAAGGUCCAAUUUUUGAGAAAAAAAGAACCACCCCUUUCUGCGGGCUAGCUAUGGGCCUUUUAGGGGAGUAUAGAUUAAAGGCAAGCUCAAACAUUCAGAGACAACCAUGUGGCUGACUAUGUGGUAGUGUUGCUCAAGUGUUUUCAAUUGCUUGAUCAGCAAAGUGUGUAUUUAAUUCACAGUACAACCAAACGUGGAGACACACACUGCAAAUUAUACGUAGAGAUGAGCACCAAGCGGCUAUCAACACAUCGUCACUUCCCUACAGGUACUGCAGGAACAGCACCAAAUACAAGCUUGGCAUAUGUAUGUGUUUUGGGCCAUUUUUGUGAAUAUGUGUAAAAGCAGAUCAUUUUGAAAAUUACUUGCAGAUGUAAAACUUUUCUUAAAAAGUGAGGGAAAACUUUUCCAUUAUUGGCUAGAUCACUGUCAUGUAAAUGCAGCCUUAGCUUUUAUAGAAUUAUGUAACCUUCAUUUUACCAGGUAAUUCAAUUGAGAACCAGUUCUCUUUUACAAUCUGACCUGGCCAAGAGGCAACAUAAAAAGCAGAUGUGAAGCAGCAGGGACACAAUACGAUACUUUCACAGAUGCAGAUAAUAACAUAAAAAACCAAGGAAAAACUACAAACAAGCACAGUGAUCUUGUACUAUUAUUAACUGGAUUAAAUAUUUAACAGAAUUGCUGUGUUCACUAACAGAACAGUGCUCGGUUUAAAAGUGACUACAGUGUGACCUGUGCUGUACUAUUGACAAUGACAAUGUUUUGCCCAUGAAAAUUUUAUGCGAACUUUACAUUGGGGAAAAGAUCCCACAUUUUUAAAAGCUGGGCUAUUUUUAACAUGGCACGGCAAUUUAAAAGUGACUAAGUAGAAGUUGGUUUUUAUGGUCUAAAGUUCUACAUCUACUAUAAUAUUGUAAGGGCUGUUUUAAUUUUGUGAGCAGAUAUGGCAGAUAUUCUCUUUGAGAUGCAUUAUAGUACAGUUAUAAUGCUAUUUAAUUGACGCUUUGAAGGCAAAACAAAUCUCUGCAUUCCUGUUUUUAUUGUAUUAAUAAGAUAUGAUAUUCAAUAUUGCACAAGCGCUGUUUUCCGAAGAAAUAGUGAUUGAUAGUGGUACACAUUAACACAUAAACACUAUAUUGUGUUAUUUAUGUUUCACUGAAUGUAGUUCCAGUGAAGAACAGUAGUACAGCUCAGAGCAAAUCAAGUGAGCCAAUGAUUCAAUAUUCCAUUCAUAAAGGCAGUUACUUCUUUAAAAAACAAUAAAAAUGAAUCAGCCAUUUUGAACGAAUCGUUUGAAUUCAAGACAGGCUCAUUCUGAUUACGUACCCCAUAUACAUUUCUGGACAGAGCAAAAUACGUACCAGGAGCUAUGUUUUUUUUUUUUUUUUUGCCGUUUUUUGCGAAUCCACCAGUUGCCGCUAUGUAUGCUUUUUGAGAUCUCAAAUUUCUCUUGCGAGUGCCAUUUGCGCCUGCUGUUCUCACGUAAAUCCACCAGAGGACACUGUCGACUUACUGACCAACCAACCGACAGAUCACCCCACCCUCUCCCUUCCGUAACCCCAACCAAUAGUGUUUUAAAAAGCACAGAUUGGCCAAUGUAGUGUCACAUUUUUAUUAUCCAAAACAGACCUAAACCAGCAAAUAUACCAUCAUAAAAGCACACUUAACAAACUAUCAUUUGCUUAUUACCAAAAGAGUCUAAAAAUAUCAAGGUCAGUUUUUCCCACGCUCUUAGUCCAAACUGCUAAUGAGAUAUUGCAACAUUUACUGAAUAUCUUCAGCAUUUUUGGUUUCGAAAACCUGUAGUUUCGACAGCAAUCUGUGAGAUCUGUUUGAUGUGAGGUCAAAAAACUUCCACUAGUAGAUUUUGCUACAGUUGCUUCUGCAGUUCAUGAGAAUUCAGCGUAUUGUCUAGCAGAGAGAUCUGUUUGUGUGAAAGUGACUGUUGUGUGAGCUUUGAUUCAUACAUUGCUUUGGACAUUUCUUUUCCCACAAAAUCAUUAUUAAUUGACCAUUAUGACUCAUCCCAUAUUUGUUGUACACAAAAGACUGAUAUCAAGCUGGGAGUCACCACCACCUUUAGUUUCAGAUCAACUUUUUACAUAUUACUGAGAAUCUUUUAAUAAUACAACUGGAAAGAAACCUCUCACAUACUGGUGUUUUCCAGUAUCUUGUCAUCUGUUUUCCCUGCAGUUGCAUCUGACUUCGCUUCUGCGAAUGGAUGAUUUAUUUGUUCUGAGGACUGAUAAAUGCUCCUUGUCCUUAUCGUCCCAUACUGUCUAAAAGGACAAAAUGAGUGCACAAAGACUACCUAGACUGUUCUCUGAUCAGCUAUUGUUCAACUGAUCUCCGCUAGUACUAGUCGCACUGGAUGUGUAAUCUUACUCCUGACCCUAGACCUGAGCAUUAGGCUGCAUGUCACUGAGAAUUAGGUUUGCUUGAGACUUAUUGCUAUGAAGGACUAUUUUGUACACAUGUAACCUUAGAAAUUAUGUAGUUUUGGAAAGGAAUGUCAAGAGAAUUUCCAUCAGUAUAAUAAACAUGGUGAUAAAUAA